AUGACCGAACCACGCAUGCGCCAACGGCACAAAGGCCAACAAUUCCCAAACUCAGACCUCGAAGCAUUCCUCUUCUCCAACGGCUCGCCGCUCCCAGCCCCACAGCCCACGCUCGCCACCCUCGACGCCAUAAUCACAGACUUCAUCAUCGAGACAUGCCACGAGGCGGCGCUGCGGGCCUCGCUCGCGGGCCGGCAGAAGAUCAAGCUCGACGACUUCAAGUUCAUGCUGCGCAAGGACGAGGAGAAGCUGGGCCGGGUGGAGGAGCUGCAGGCGCUGGACCGGCAGAUCAAGGAGCAGAAGAAGAUCUUCAGCGAGGAGGUCGUCAGCAAGAAGGAGGAGAAGACGGAGCGCGAGAAAGGGAAGCGGAAGAAGCGGAAGAGGGAUGAGGAUGAUGAGAGUGCCGGCGAGGAAGACGGGGAGGAUGCGAAGGAUGCGAAGAAGAGAUGA